UCUCCCUUUUGCAGACAUUUGGUGCGCACCUUUUCUGCCUCUUAUCUCUGGAACCCCGUCAGCUCCACUGGAGACCUGAAAAGGCUAAAAUUCCUUCCUCACAGGGAGUGGGAAAAAUCCAUCCAACCUGUUUCUUUAACAGUCGGAACAGAUCCGGUGGAAAGAAGGAGAAGAAGCAAAUCCUCUCUGUUCAGAGAAUGACGAGCUCGUUGGAAAAAGUAGUAGCUGAGAAGAAGGAGGCCAUCGAGGCGCUGAUGGAUAUGUUCGAGAAGGGGGCGGAGGUGUUGGCGAGCACCGUCGGCGAGCUCUUCCCCUUCUGUGAGGCUGCCGCUCCGGUUCUAAAGCUGGCCUUGGACAAUACCCAGAGCAAAGAGGUGUUUUAUGUCAAAGAGCAGUUCCUGACGGUCAGAAGCAAGCUGGACGUGCUCUCCAGUCAGCUGGAAGACAUUGACUCUGAGCUCAAGAAGGGAAAGCUGGACUCUGACUACUUCUCUGUGGAAGAGAACAUCAGGAACCUGUUCCGUAAGUACAUGGAUAUCCUAGAGGCGAAACAGCAGUUCAAGGAGGUAAAGACCAGGCUGUUUUUGGAGCACUUUACCAAAACUGGUGGAGAGAAGAACCUCUAUAUUCUCUACGAUGCUGUGAUGGGGGCAAAUAGUUUUGGGGAACCGAUUUUAGAAAUAGUAAUGAGGUAUGUGGCGAGGAACCGCCGUCUCCUGGAAAAUUAUUGUGUUCGGAUGAAGGAGCUGUUCUGCUUGGGCUUGAUUUCCCUGCUGGGCCACUGCGCCCUCACAUUGCAGAGCCAAGAGGAGGAGCAGGACAAAAUCCAGGAGUGGAGCACCAAAAUUGAGGAGGUAGAGACCCAGAUGAAGGCAUCCAUUGAGUCCUGCAUAGCUGCAUUUCCAGAACAGGCUAAAUCAGACGUGCAACGCCUCCUACAAGAAAAAGAGGAGGAAAAUCUUCAGGAUGCAGUUCAGCGGCUCCUGGAGUUCCUGGUAAAAAAGUUCGACUGGGUUUCCUGGUCUGUGCGGCUGAUCAACCAUUCGGGCAGCACCUACAGGAAGCUGCGAGCAGGGAAGCACUUUCACCACGUGGCGGGACAGAACUGGUUCGAGGUGCUUCAGGUGGACGACAUCAGCCUGGUGGUGUCGUUCAGCACCAAACCCCAGCCAGUCCCCAGCGACUUCAUCCGGCAGCUGAUGGAGGGCCCGGGGAAGAAGGGAAACGCUCCAGAGGUGGUGGAGGUGUUGGAGAAGCAGGUGUGUGGGUUCAUCGUUCACGCCGUCAGUCGCCACAAGGAGUCUGAAGCGGCAUGGAGCUUCCCGGAUGACUGCCACUACUGGGAACGGCACAAGAACGUGGCGGUGUGCGUGCACUCAGAAUGAGGCUAAGGAGCAGGAUUUAAGGAUUUUAAAGCCAUUAAGCUGUCGGUGCCUCUGUCCUGCUACCAGGCUGUGGAAUAAAAUAUCAGAAUCCUUGUUAUCAGCUGAACAUACCUGCCAUACUGCAUCUAAAACAUAUGUUAGCUUCUUCUUUAUGUAAUUACCCUUGGAUACCCUUGGUUAGGUUUGCACCCCCUCAGCUACCAUUAGUUAAACUGGGGCUAAAUUCUUCUGUCCAAAUUCCAAAGGGAUUCAUAUUGGAGAAAAUCAAUGGGUCAGCUCAUUUAUUUCAGAAAUAAUCCCUGUCAUUGACACAUUUACACAACCGUUUGUCACUAAUCCAUUAAAAGUAGAGGAAAUGUAAAGGCAGCACUCUUUCCUAGAAGUUUCCCACCACAUUACAGAGUACAAAUAUCAAGAUGUUAGCACCAAGUUCCCAGGUUUCUCGCGCUGCUUAUAGAGUAUUGAAUUCUUGGUGUUAUUUUGUGAUGCAUAAAAGAUCUACCACUGCUGGUCUAAUCUACAGUUUCCAGGCUGUAUGACUUGAAACACUCCAUCAGAGGAGCACGUUUAAUGCCGAUGUCAUAUAAU